UGUCGCGGCAGCAGCAGCGAUCGACAGCAUCAGUUUUCAUUUGGCCGCAUGCCGCUCAGUGCGAUCAUCAAGGCCGAUGCAUGGCGCCUCUCGAGCACCUGUGCGACGCCCAAGCCGAACGCCAACAACUUUCAUCUGUCGCGCGUGCCCCCGGCGCCGCCGUCGCACGUGCGCACGUCGCAAGCGAUGCAAGCUGGUCGCACGUACACGCUCUACUCGCUCACGGUCACGUGCCCGCUCACGCAUUUGCAGUGGACGACGCACAAGCGGUACCAUGACUUUGUCUUGUUUCGCGAGCAGCUCCGCGCGUUCACGGCCUUCUCCAACACGAUCAUGGUCCCGGUCGUCGAGAAGCUCUUGCGCAUCAAGUUUCCGAAGAAGCAGUGGUUUCAGCGCAAGUCCCAAAACGUGUCGGAGCGCGCAAUGCACCUCAACGUCUUCCUAUGGAGCCUCAUGGAGAUGCGCACCGAAAUGUGCGUCUACCGUCACAAGCACCAGCUGCACUGGCCGCUCUUUGACCGCCUCCAAGCGUGCAUGGAAGCGUUCCUCGAGAUUCCCGACUGCCUCUGCGACAUGGAGCUCCGCGAAGCGCAGCACGGCGACAACGACGACGACUGCGUCGUUUGUACCAACGAACUGCACACGUCGCCGUCGGUCGAGCUGCCAUGCGGCCACGCGUUCCACGCCGAGUGUAUCUUUGACUGGUUCUCCCAGCAGCCCACGUGCCCUCUCUGUCGCUCGGUCACCGACCGCGUCAUCGGGCUCUACGCGCCGCAGUCGGUGGCCACCGACGACGUCGCGUUGUAGUUUAGUGUAGUCGAGUCGUCUCGUCGUAUGUUAUUUAAAACACCUCUUUUUGGACCAUCGA